GUAACGCAGUACCGCGGGUUUUGUUUCCUACGCGUGGUCACCUGGCAUUUCUAUUAAGACAGAGCCUUUUUAUCAACCCUUGUGAACUUUUAAGAUGUCAUUAACAGACCAGUUAAGGGCCUUAGCAGUCCCGAUUACAUCCAGCUAUGUAGUUGACAGUGUUAACCGCAAGUCUUUGAUUUAUGAAGAUGCUUCGAAAAUCGACACUCAGUCUUGUUAUUCAAGCUGUUUAAAGUCGUUUGAAAAACUGUGUGAAAUGGAAAACGCUUUUACCUCAUUUGCCAGUACAUUGUUUUCUGUGACGUCAUGUCAACUGGAAAUGUGCAAUCUCUUACGUCAAGAAAAAGCAAAACUCGACAACGAAAUCUCCAAGUUCCUAUGUUACAUUUCUUCUUUCCUUAAGCAUUUUGUUGCUGUACAAGCUUUAGAAUGGCUAGUAUUCAAAUUUCAGAUUCAUAUACAUUAUGUUGAAGAUUUUAUUCGCUGCAUCAUUCCAUAUCAUGAAACUGGUCUAUUCGUUAAAUUUAUUCAAAUUUUAAAUUUUCAGCAGUUGCCUUCUUGUUUCCAGUGGUUAAAACCAUAUGCUGAAAGUGGUAAAGGCAUAUCACGGCAAGAAUUCGCUCGACUAUGUAUCAGAGAACAUACCCUUAUUCCAUUUAUAUGUACAACCAUCCUUAAUUAUACGGAAUGUUGUCGCGAUUUGGUGCCAACAAGACUUAACGAUAUGACUAAUUUUUUUUUGGGAAUUGUAACCGCGUUGUGCGAUUCUGGUGUGCAUGAGAAAAAACUUAUCAAGAUAUUGGACUCUUUUCAGGAUGUUAUAAAACAUGGAUUGCAAUCUACAAAUAUAGUUCCUUUUCAAUGCGCCACAUUUUUGGUCGUAAUACGUUUCAGUUUGAAGUUGUUAAUUAAUCGAGAACUAGUUCUCGAUUGGAUAUCUUGUAUUUUGAAGAAAACUCGACCUUCUUGUGAGUGGGAAUCAAUGCGUAUUGUAAUCCAACUAAUGCGAAAUCAGCGUAUUCCUUUGUUACCUCCAAAACUUACUGAGCGUCAGAAUGUCUUACUUUCCAAACUAUCUCCUGAAGAACAACGCAUAAUUGAAGAAGAACAGUCGGCGCUAGUCAGUGAAUAUAAUGAUCCUAAUAAGUUAGCGGCAGAGUGUAUGCAGAAGUUUGAUUAUAUUCAAAAAGCUACACAGUUUGUUGAUGUUGAUAUAAAAAGCCUUGGAUCAAAAAUAACGGAACAAAAAACUUCUGAUGAUAUUUUAUUGAAAGAAGAGCUCAAGUUGAAAAUCGAUGAAAUUCAUGCAUUCUUGUCGAGCAUUCCUAAUGUAGGCUGCUGUGUAAUGAAUUGCACUUUAUCUUGUCCUAGCGGACCUUUACCAAAUUCUGAGUGUUGGUUAUCUGAUGUGUUACUUGAAAUAUUUUCUGAUGAAUGUUUUGGUAACAAUAAUUCUGAUCAGCAUAAAAUACAUUAUAAAAAAGUAGAAAUACGACAUUAUAUUCGAUUACUAAGAUUGGUUAAGUCUUCCAUAAAGGUUCACGUCGAUUUCAGUAAGUAUGCUCAGGGGAUGGUAGUUGCAUCAGGUACACCGAAGCCAAAAUGUUCCCGUAAAUCAAUGUCGUCUUCAUGUGGUUUGUUACAGAAAGGCAUUGACAAAGUUUUACCACUGUUGGUUGCUUGCUUGUCACACCCUGCUGCUACUAUUCGCGUAGAGGCGUACGAUAUCUUACACUUUUGGCUCAAGAAUGAUUUAUCAAAAGAUCUGGAACGCAUGCCGAAUUUUUCUACCUUUUGCUCAAAUUUCGAUUUGACUUCGGAUUUUUCAGCUCACAUAGAUGAGCUGUUUCCAGAGGAAGUAAGAGAGUUGCUCCUAGGCGAUCCGCUCUACUCAUUAAACAAAGUAGCUUCUGUCCUGAUCAAGGCUGUUGUUCGCCUGUUGUUCAGUCAAACAUUGAACUUGGGUACCUCGGAGGCUUGCUCAGAAAGUAAAUUUUCCAUAGUUUGCUGGAAGAUUGGCCUACGUUUACUAAAUGAGGAUACCGUCGGUGAUAUUCUUCUUAUUCCCAGUAGUCCAAAUGAAGAAUUUGUCAGAGGCUGGUCUGGAUUUCUAAAUUUGAUACAGUGCUCCAAUAUUCAUUUAAUCGAUUUACAUCAUAUAUGUUUGUCACGUCUUAAUCCAGCAUUAUUUGCAUCUUUAGAACAUUCUCCUCUUUCAAUGGGUUCUAUUAAAGAGAGAACAUCGAUUUUGCGGAAAUCAACUGGCUGUUUGCAAACUCUCAAUAAAAAUGUGUCAAGCUCAGAUCCUUAUCAGGGACCCCAAUUUAGUAUCCUUGACGCUUUAUAUAAGCUUGGUCAUAAUAAUGUGCAGACUGAUUUCGAUUCCGUUCACAAAGUAUUUUCUCGUCUUCAUCUAAACGCAGUCCAUUUCGAUUAUAUGUUCAUCAAAUCAGACCCGUCAAGAACAGUUGGUGGCGACAGCAGGUCAUUAUUUGCUCGAGUUACUGAAGCCCGCGAAUCUCGUCGACGUAGUUUACGACUACGGAAAACCAAGGAGGCUGAUUUGGAAUUAUUAAAUGAUGAUAAGAAAGCCUAUUCAGAAAGAAUUCGCUUACGAUUUCUUAGUAUGUUACUGUCUAUUUUAACUGAAGCUGUGCCACGGUUACAAUCAUAUGAAAUUGCAUCUACGGUUCAGAAUAAAUCGAAAUCUGUUGAUUUGAAUACAUCAUUAACAGUUGUAGAUACAAAAUCACCAAAUAUUGGCGUAAAGAAAAUACAAGAUCACAGUUUGCCGAUGAAUGAUCUGAUCACUCCAUUAGUUAAUCAUCUUACAAGCUUAUUAAACAUGGAGCGAAAUUUGAAACAAAUAGAAGCAAAUACAAAUCAAACAAAUGUUCUCCCAGUGUCUGAUACAGAUAGUGAUCUAGAAUCGCUGCCUGAUGAUUUGUCUGAUAUCCAUAUGGAUCACGAAGCAGCAGACAUGUCGCCCGUUAAUGAAGACUCUUGUAUUCGACCACUGUUACGUCAGUGCAUUUAUAAACUUCUGAUUUGCAUCACAACUAUAUUUGCCGAAGGAAAUCGUUGUAAGCGACCUCGUAGAAAACGUUCUCAUCGGAAAACACCAACGGACCAAACAGGUUUACUUUAUGGUUUAACAUCUGCACAAGUUGCUGUAGAUCCAAUUUUCCUUUGCCUCACUGUUUACCCUGACUGGAUAUCCUUGCAUCAACAAGUUCUGCUUUGCUUUAUUGAACUAUCUGUCAUGUUUCCCGGUGCAUUAUGUCACCAUUUGGUAUCCUUGGUGCAAUGGGUUGCGUGCAAUCGUCAGCUUAUGCGUUUGGAUAAUGCUCAUAAUCUUAGUAUUUUGGGACGUCUAAUAUUGGUAACUGUUCCAGCGCUUAUUCGAGCGUCUUCUGAGCAAAUUUCUGCUGGUCUUUAUGUGCUUUAUCUCUUUGUUAUCAGAUUUGCUGAGUUCACUAAUUUGGCUCGGCGUCGCUUAGCACUUUACACUGUUCUAAUUCGUGGUUUGUCCCAAGUAACGGGACCAUUCAUAACAGAUAGUGAACUAAAUCAGUCUAUUACACAAAAACAAAUUACAGAUGAAAUAAAACCAACCAAAAAAGUUGAGGGGGUUGCACGUGGAAGUGAAUGUAAAAUCUCAUUACGGCCUAAAGAAAGUUGGAUUGGAAGUUGGUUGUGGGUCACAUCACUUGUAUUCUUGAACAAAGAUUGGCAAAUACAAUCAGUUGCUGAUGAAGUUGGACCUUUUCUUAUCGAGUUGUUCUGUCAUUUUGGAUGGGAUCAUCAAGUGCUUGGACUAUGUGAAUGCAUAGAUUUUCUGACAUAUUUGUGUAUGAAUUCUUGUGAUUAUAAGCUUCCUCAAGUUGACGUUUCAGAGAACAACGGUAAUGUCUACAUUGAAAUUGGUCAUUCUCAAAAGCGACUAAAAUUGAGUUCGUCAUUUGCGAAUCCCAGCAAAUCACCAACCAACGACUUAUCAAUUGGUGCCACCGGAUCUCUGCCAAACGACGUUGAUCCGAACACGCCGACUUCUUUCGGCCAACUCGCGUCUUUUAUUUUCAAUUCACAUAACACAAUUCAAACAAGUGAACAAAUCCAAACAUCUUUGAACAAUUCUACAGUUGUGACGUUGAAGGAAAUAUGGCCCUUAGUCAAUCGAACUAUACAGUUUAUUGUAGCCCUAAUAAGAAAUCCUGAUUAUUGUAAUAAAGUUCAAACAGCUUUUAGCGAUCCAUCAGGUUUAAGUGCUGUUUAUGGUCGAUUAGUGGAACAUAUUGUUCAGCUAAUGCUCGUUGUGGCUACUUUCUUGACUAAAGUAAAAAAAUCCGAUGAAAAAAUGACGGAUGUAGUCUCUUGUGCUGAUGAAACAUUGUCCGGUUUGCAAUCAAUUUUAGUACAGAUCUUGGAUUCAGUGCCUGGUCGAGUAUUCAUUUCCAUGAUCUUAGAUUUAUUCUCCUGUGAAAACCGUGGACUUCGUCGGAAAGCUCUCGACUUAUUAUCUGCUAAAUUGACAAGUUUAACUGCAAAUGUUCAACCAGUUCCAAUUUUAAUUGAUUUUACUAAAAUGAAUUACAAAUCUUUCCUAAAGUCGCAUAAACAUUUGGUUAGCCGAAAUUUUGUUGAUCUAAAUCGUACCAUGGAGGCUGGUUUAGUUCAAUUUACUGGGAAGCUAAUUUCAUUCUAUAAUUUGAAAAGUGGCAAGACGGAUGGUUCCCUGAGGUCAAAACAUAGUACCGUUUUUGGUUCAGGAUUUUCACGCCAGUGUCUAGCUUGUUUGAGGAGUUUAACCAAAUUAUUGGCCUACCAUUAUCCAGGGGAAUUCAUGAGGGCUUUGGACAGUUUAAUGACAGUUCCUAGUAAUUGGUGGAUUAAUGUUGGUGUUACAGAUGCUCAUCAAGCUUCAGUAAACUCAACUGAUGAACCGCUUGUGGAAAGUCAUUCGCAUGGACAUCAUUUCGGAUCAUCUCUUGCUGAGUCAAGAUCCUUAGCCUGCUUGUUUUUUGUUGAAUGUUUACAACGUUUACCACCACAGUCUUUAUAUCCGGAAGCGAGCGCAACUACAUCCCGCCUUAGUUGGUUGCUUUCUUUUGCAUUAGACCAUGGUUAUACUUGUACGUCAUUUGCUUCUUCACCAAAGUUGUCUGUAAAACAAUGUUGUUCUGUGAACUCACCAUGUAAAUCAGAUCGUUACAUGAAAUUGGUGACUGGUACUAUGCACUCAAGAGAUCAGCACUUAUUGGCUAGUUUAACGCUGAUCAGCAAUCUACUUGAGUUAGCCAUCAUUCAUCGGUUAUGUCAACAGUCUAAAGGUGACUAUUCUUCAGACAAUACUGAAUCGGCUAUUGGAAAGUGGUUAGAAUUUGAGAGUACAACUAAGAAAAAUGCGAAUAAUUCUGCCUAUCAAGAACCUGUUGCAGUAACACUUCUAAGUUUUGUGUUUCAGCUCCGCAAAGAUAACUUGUCAACACUAACAGGUUGUAAUCCGGAACGUUCUAGUUCUGUAUUUCGUCAGAUAUCAAACCUUGUUGAACACAUACAUAAACUUCUCCGUCACGUAACAGAAGUCAAUUAUUUACUCACAUCAAUUCAGAUUGUCAUUGAAAAAGCCUCUAAAACGAUUAGUAACACUUUAUUACAUGGUGCUUUGUCUUUCCUGUCUGAUUUUGGCGAAUCCAUGGCACCCAUUAAAGAGAACGGUGUGUUUGCUUCUAAAGAUGAAAAUCAGUUACAUUCUUUCGCAACAAUGCAUGCUACUCAGCCCGACCUAACAUGGCGCUUGAUCCAUACUUGUUUGUGUACAGUCGUGAAUAAACUGAAUGAAGGUGAUCUUCGAAAUACUAUAGAAUUAAAAAACAACGAUAUGCUUUUAUGUCUCUACCGUUCUGUCGCUAGUUUAAUCAGUUCAUUACCAGAUGAUAAUGCUCGCCUGAGAAUUUGUCAACAGUUAUUUACAUGGGUCAAUGUUCAAGAUAAUGAAAAAGAAUCAGUUGAUCAAAUCAAAGAUAUCACUGAUCAGAUGCUAUUACGUUUAUCAGUUGUAUUCAGGAUAAUGGAAAGGUUUGUUUAUUCUGCAUAGACAGCAUUUUUUUCUGAACAUUAUUUAGUAUUAAACUAUCUUUAUUUAUUAAUUAACUUGAUAUUUUGUUUCAGUAAUCGAUAGGUAAUCUAUUCGACUUUCAGCCUCUACUUCAUAGGCCUGAUACCCGCUCCACAUACUUCAGGGUAAUAUCACUACUAGCUUUCAUACGUAAAAUGUGCUCCGAAUCAGUGAAAACACAAGUUUUCACCUCCACAAUAAGUUAUUAUUAAUUCAGUAUUUAAAGUUAGGAGGAAACUUAAAUCCGAUAGCUGUUUAAUGUUUCUUUAUUAUUUAUUCAUCAACAUUUUGAUUUUAGCAUAUUAGAAUAGGUUUUGAAAUCAUUCAUUGAAGUGUAAAAUUCAUUUAUUCAUUCAAUAUAUCUUGUUUAACUUCUUCUCAUGUUAUCCAAUAAUAUUACUUGUAAAAGAAGACGUCGAAAAACAUUUUUGAAGAACUCAACUUAGUUCAUGUUAUUACACCAGUGUUGUCUACUAUUCUUAUUUUGUAAAUAAUAUCAAUGUGUUUGUAUGGUAAAUUUUUUAUCAUUCAUAUAAUAUGCUGUUUCCCUUCUGUUUUCUUCAAAUUGUAGAAUUCCAGAUUAUCUGAACACAGAAGAAUUUUCUGAACUAAGCAAACAAUUGUAUUUAGUUGAUUAUAUUGUUCUAAUAUUCAUCAUAGCUGUCGGUAAUAAAUUUAAGGGUAUGUUAAAGGUUUUCUAUUUUAAUGAGUUAAAGUCGAUUAUGUUUAGAUUUGAGGUAUGAAAUGGCUUAAGUAAAAUGUAUGGUCAAUUGUAAGCACCUAGUGGUAACAGAUGUCAACUGAAAAAGUCACAGCAUCCAAAUCACAUUACAUUUAACUUAUAAGAUAUACUAAUCUUCAAGGCUACUCAAAAUGAUAUAGUGAUUGAUUAAAGUUAUUUAACCUCAAUUACUUACCCCUCGUCGAGGAACAUGGGCCGCCCACCAACACUCUCCAUCCAAACCUAUCGUGGGCAAUCCUUUCCAGUUGCUAUUUUUCCUUUUCAUAUCUGUUUCCGAUUCCCGAUGUAUUGUGUUCCUCGGCCUCCCUCUUUUCUGUUUCCCUUCAGGAUUCCAAGUUAGUGUUUGCCUCGUGAUGCAGUUCGUUGAUUUGUGUAAUGUAUGUUUUAUCCACUUCCAACAUCUUUUUCUAAUUUCCACUUCAGCUAGAUACUGGUUUGUCCUCUCCCACAAUGGGCUGAUACUGGUACCCGACCAACGAAUAUUGAGUAUUGUGCGUAGACAACUGUUUAUAAACACUUGCACCUUUUUGACGAUGAUUGUGGUAGUUCAUCCAUGUUUCAGCUCCGUACCGUAAGACCAUCUUGACGUCUGUAUUGAAGAUUGUGACUUUGAUAUUGGUUGAUAGUUGUUUUGAGUUCCAUAUAUUCUUCAAUUCAAUGAUUUAUUCCGAUAUGUCGCAUUCAAUUUCACGUUUGUUAGAAUAAUCAACUUGUAUUGCUCUCAGAUUUAGUCUUGUUCUAAUCUAAUGACUCACUUCUUGCGAGCAACCUAUCAUUUAUGAAAUUGAAUUCUUCAAUUGUUAUUCAGUGUUUUGUUAAUCCUACGUUCGUUUGGCACUCUUUUAGUAAGUCUGACGUAAAACACUUGAUUUACUAUAUGUUAUCUUUAGUACAAUGGUCUGUGGAGGUAGUUGAAUUUUCAGUUUACAUAAUGGGUUGAUUUUAGUUAGAGAACCACUAAAAACUAAAAAGCAAUAGAUAACCGUUUCUUCGUAGUGUGAGACUCAGUGGCAGACAUCCACGGCCCCCUGGGGUCGAACACAGUGCUCUCUAUCUCCUGACAAGUGCUCAACGCCUAAACCUCUGGACCGACAUCCUAUGGUAUUAAUGGAUUCAGCGUUGAUUAUAUUGUAGAUUAGUAACAAUUUUAAUACAUCAAUUUGGUGGUGUUCUGUUCUCUGAGCUACAUGGUUUCUCUCUCGAGCUUGCAUCGCCGUUCUGGACAAAACAAUCGAUGCCUAUUUCACAUAAAAGUGAUCUAUCUAGUUAUUCUGUAAGCAUUAUAUCAUGGAGAAGGUCAAUUAAUCACGUGAUCAGAGGUCAAUCGAAAAAAACAAUCAAAAUAAAGACAAGUACAAAUUAAGAUGAUAGAAGCUAUAGACUACCAGUUACAAAUGAAGACAACAAAACAAAGUGAUAUAACAUUUGCGGGAUAACUAAAAAGAUCCCUAAUAUUUGAAGUUGGUGAUGAUGUAUUAUUUUUGUAGAUUAGUAACAAUUUUAAUAUUUGGUCACUUGGUCAGUAGUUUUAUCUCUUGAGGUAUAUUUAGCUCCUAUUUUAUAAGUAUAAUCAAUAAAUAGGUUGCCAGUUUGACACACCUACCACCAUUCCAGAAGUCAUCUCAAAUCAGUUGUACUGUCUCAACAUUAAAUGAAAUUAAUGACAUUUAACAAUUUUCCGUGCAGAUUAUGUCUUGUUAUACUGAAUCACUUGAUGCUAUUUCCUCUUAUUUAUCAAUGCUUUGCUGAAAUUUCUCAUUUCCUAUGCCGAAUUGUAUCUUUUAUUUACAUUUUAAAUCAUUAAAAUUUCGUUUCUGCAGGUGCUAAAAAACUGUCCAAUCGGUUAGGUUUUGGCCGAUCGCUUCAAUGCUAUUCUGAUGGAGCUACAUCUUGUGUUUUAAUUUGUAUUCAUGCUUCAUUGUCAUGCUUGCAUAAAUGGCUUAUUGGAGAGGUGGAAAACGUAGGAUGUCUGGAUGCUGCCUCAAUAGGAGAAUCAGUACAAUAUAUUCCUUCUGUUUUAAUUGGAUUACUCGAUAUAUCGUGUCCAUCUUCUGAUGCACCCCCAAUAAAUGAAACUGAUAUUCAAGAUGUAUUAGGCUCAUAUUUGAAUGCAAUAUGCGGUGAUGAAGCCUAUCUUCGUCCACUCGGUUCCGCACUGACUGAACGUAUUAUGCACUCCACGUACUGGCGUACUAGGUUGGCUGCAAUUCGAUUGUUAAAGUUUGUCUUUAAUCACUCAAAUAAUCAUGAAAUUGACAAUGAUAAGGAUACUACAAUGGAUUCAAAACUUUCUGGUCCUGUCAGUUGUAUUGUAUCAGAUUCACUCUUAGCUCUAUCAGAAGCGUUAGAAGAUGAUCGACCAGAAGUUGAAACUGAAGCCAAUAAACUAUUUGCUGAAUUAGAACAAAUGGGUCUGACUGCUACAAAAACGUAAACUAUUAAAUUUACCACAAGCUCUAUCAGCUGAUAAAGAUAAUAAUUAUUUUAAAAUCAAUCCUUUUGUACAGUCUUUCCUAUGUGCUUUCUAACUCAUGUGAAUAAAUAUAAUUUUGUGUGAAAGAUAUCAUUUGUACAUGGUUUCAGUUUAUGUUCUGAUCAAUUAUAUUUUUUUGAUAAAAAGUCUUUGUUUC